UUCUGUUCGCACCUAGUUUAUUUGAGAGACAACGCUAUAGAAUUGCCGACCGACCGGCGCUGUAUCUACUAAGGUUUCGUCGCAGCGCCACGCAACAUCGUUUCCCCUCCCGGGCCCAGGGAGAAAACCCACUCGACACUUCGUUAGGGCGGCCGGGAGACAGAACGGCGUCCAGCGUUUGCCGGCGCAGGGGAGGGGGGGAGGGAGACAGGUAAGGCAACUCGUACAGAAUAGACCACCAUGGUGGCGUCUGUCCAGGCGGUGUACACAAGAAACGAUGAGAGGGCCGCCUCUGUUAGUGAUGUAUGAUCGGGAGCCAGCCGAAGAAAGUUGAGGUCAUCUCGACCAUCGUCAACACGAUCGACCCUCCCCCCCAUAUGCCGUAGGCGCAAUGGUUCGAUGAGGCCAGCCCAUCUGAAUGCCGCCACCCAUCGCCCCCCUCUUCUGGGCCAAUGGCAUACGCCCAGUACCAGCGCGAUGGGCGUCACCAAACACCUCAUUCAGGCCUUGCCCGCAGCGGUCGCUGACUGGGAUGCUGAGUCCAGGCGAGCUAAAAGUGUAGAAAGGAUCUGUCGAUCAGCACAGGGGUGGGGAGGAGAGGGGAUGCACCGGGCCAACCCAGCCCAGCCCUGGGCUCUCUCUCUCUUCCCGUCUCAACUUGCUUUUGGAAGCCGUCCGAAAUCGCGUGCGUGCGAGCGAGGGUGGUGGUGCCAGAAGUCUGUCUUCUCUGACGAACCCCCAAUGAAUUCCAUACGAGAAAUGACGUACCGGCAGAAGAGGACAAAAGGGUCCGUGAAAAUGAGAGGAAAUGAGGCUCAAACGUCCAGUAAGACAUGUCUGGGGAUAUGAGAAAUGUGUCUUCAAUAUCGGCGGGCUUGGCGGCUUAGGCAUAUCCUUCCGUCGCCUCGAGUCGUGUCGUACUAGGUAGGUAUAGUCAGUCCCAAUGCUUUCGUUCUCCAAGGCUUAGUUGGCUCUUAUGCAAUGCCGCUCACUCCUCCUCCUCCUCCUCCUCCCCCCUUACAUCGUGUUGAGUGCCAUUCACGGUGUAUAACGCUACUACUGGGUACCUGCGCGACCUCAAGAGGGCGAACGAACGCCCUGUAACUGUACGCUGUGCCUCAGCUCGCUCCUCCCCUUGGCUGUGCUGUGCAGUUCCUAGUGUAGAACGUCUGUGGAACGAUGAUGCUUGGGACCCCGGUCUGUCACUCGGGCUGGCCUUGAGAUUUCCGAGAGUGGGGGAGAGAGUAUCCGUACUGAAGAGAGAGAGAGAGAGAGAGAGAGAGAGAGAGAGAGAGAGAGAGAGAGAGAGAGAGAGAGA